CGUGUCGGAAUACGCAUCGCUAAUCGAUCUCCACCGUACUCUUCUCCCUCCUUUUUUUGGUUUCUCUUUGCUUCGGCCUUUGAUAUAUUAUAAAAUCAAAAAAAUAAAGAAUGGUGUACUGGUAUUACAAAGUCAGAGAGAGCCUCUCAUUUUAGCACAAAAAAGGAGCAAAACUGAUCAAAGCUAGAAGCUUUGGCUCACCUAGUCACCUUACAAAGAACCGAGGAAUUUUGUUGUUAUCUAUAUAAAGCAAGUGAAAGGUGCCCUCAGGCUGAGAGUGAAAUGGUCGGUAAAGACAACUUGAAGACUGAGGACUUGAACUUGUGCUUUGAGAAGCUUAUGAUGCUUGGUGGAAGUGGGAUUGGUAAAGGGGGAGUGAAAAUGGAAGGUGGUGUCAUCAAUGAGUGGAAGGAUAUUCCUAUGGAGCUCUUGUUGCAAAUUGUUUCGCUUGUUGACGAUCAGACGGUGGUCGUGGCAUCUGGAGUGUGUCGUGGGUGGAGAGAUGCUAUUUGCUUGGGUCUUACCCAUCUCUCUCUCUCAUGGUGCAGCAAGAACAUGAACAACUUGGUCCUAUCUCUUGCUCCCAAGUUCACGAAAUUGCAGAGUCUGAUACUGCGCCAAGAUAAAUCAAAGCUUGAGGAUAAUGCUGUUGAAACUAUUGCAAACUGCUGUCAUGAUCUGCAGGUCCUGGAUCUCAGCAAAAGCUUCAAGCUUAGUGACUGCUCCCUAUAUGCCCUGGCUCGUGGUUGUCCUAAUAUUACUGAACUCAACAUCAGUGGGUGUUCAGCCUUCAGUGACAGUGCUCUUGCAUAUCUGCCUCGUUUUUGCAGAAAGUUAAAAGUUUUAAAUCUUUGUGGAUGUGUCAAAGCUGCAUCUGACAGUGCAUUGCAGGCUAUUGGACGCUACUGCAGUCAGUUGCAACGUUUAAAUCUGGGAUGGUGUGAGAAUGUAAGUGACGUGGGAGUGAUGAGUUUGGCGUAUGGAUGCCCUGAUCUCAGAACCCUUGAUUUGUGUGGCUGUGUCCUUAUAACUGAUGAUAGUGUCAUUGCUCUUGCAAACAAAUGUAUUCAUCUGAGAUCCCUUGGCCUGUACUACUGUCAGAACAUCACGGACAGAGCAAUGUACUCUUUGGCCCACAGCAGAGUGAAGAACAACAAGACUUCAAUUUGGGAAUCGCUGAAAGGAAUGAAUGAUGAGGAAGGGCUCAAGAAUCUCAACAUCGGCCAGUGCACAGCACUCACCCCCCCUGCUGUUCAAGCAGUGUGCGAUUCAUUUCCUGCGCUCCACACUUGCUCAGGGAGGCAUUCACUUAUCAUGAGCGGCUGCUUGAACUUAAUGUCUGUACAUUGUGCCUGUGCUGUCCAUGCACACCGCACAUUCAUCCCUUUCCCUCACCCAGCUCAUUGAACUCUAGGUUUGCAGCAAAAAUCUAUGGGAACUCUAUCCCUUUGUAUGUAUGUUUGUGUUAAUAUUUUGAAAACUUUGGUUGCAAAUAUGCAGCCAUUUGUUGUUGAAAGUUGAAACCUAGUGACAAUGAAAAAAUUACUUCAA